ACGCCCACGGACCAAUCAAAACAAGCGACGCGUUACGAGGGGCGGGGUUACGCACACAGCUGUCGCGUAGUAGUGGUUGCCAUGGUGGACAUGUCUCUCUAGCGAUGUCGGUUUAAGCACAUCGAACUUCAAUUUUCUUUCAUUACGAGCUGAACAUCAUGGCAGAGACAGCCGAUGGCAAGAAGGACGAGGCAGACUAUAAGAGACUACACAGCUUUCCUCUCAUACGGCACACGGAUAUGCCUGAGGAGAUGCGGGUGGAGACCAUGGAGCUCUGCGUUACUGCGUGCGAGAAGUUUGCCACUAAUAAUGAGAGCGCUGCUAAAAUGAUAAAGGAGUCAAUGGAUAAGAAGUUUGGGAGCUCUUGGCAUGUGGUGAUAGGCGAGGGCUUUGGUUUCGAAAUUACACACGAAGUGAAGAAUCUGCUUUACAUGUUCUUCGGUGGAGGUUUGGCGGUGUGCGUGUGGAAGUGUUCCUAACCCAAAUGCUAAAUGACUGUCUGACAAACACUUUAUACUGAAUGUGCCACAUGUGUAUGUUUAUUUAUAUGCAGUACUGAACAGGGUGCAUCAUUUCAUAUGGUUUAUUUUGAAUGUAGCAUUUUAUGUUUUCAUCUCCAUUUUAACUGUUCUCUCAAAGCUGGCAGGCCAUCUGUGGGGUUUAUUGUCCAUUUCUGCCACUCUUUCGUCAUCUGUCUCUUUUCUGAAUGAAUUCAUGAUAAUUUCCACCCCUUUCAUUUUUUUCUGAAGGACAAAGUAUUUUUAUAUGAUAAAAUGCUAUUUUUCAAUUAAUAUGUGAAUACAUACUUUUUUUUAAAUUUCAGAUAUUUUAUAGGAGUUGUACAUUUUGCACAGCUGUAAUGGGUAUUUGUUUUUCUUAAUAACUAUUGUUAUUGUCUUGUGUAAUAAAACCUCAUUAGAAAU